GAACGAAAAAAUACGUGACACGAGGUACAGCCGUCAGUAUGUCACUAAUGUGCUUACUACAAUUUAACAUCUUCUGUGAUAUAACAUGCUUCAGAAUAUAAUUUUGGAACUGACAGCGUUGUCACAUGUGACUGUUGUGUGACCCAAUUACCCUACUAAGUAGCCAGGCCUCUAGCUUCUGGUUUCAAAAUGGCUGGGCUUUGCAAGACUCUUACCUCGGUUCUCUUCGAAUACGACACGUCUAAAGUGGUUCACAUUCAAAGUAAGACAAUUGGAAUCAUCAACAGACUUAUUCAACUCAGUAUAAUAUGUUACGUCAUCAUCUAUGUUAUAAUCUAUGAGAAAGGAUACCAAGACACACAGAAACCUUACAGUUCUGUUACUACAAAAGUUAAAGGAGUAUCGUCAACAAACUUGACACCUGAGUUGAAUGAUAGUUUUCCAUUAUACAAUGGAAUUCAUGUGUGGGAUUCAGCAGAUUACAUUGUUCCACCUGAGGAAAACGGUGCUUUCUUUGUGAUGACAAACAUGAUCAUCACUCCAGAUCAGUCACAGGGUGCUUGCCCAGAAGAUCCUAACCUUACAGAUGUGAAAUGUUAUAAUGACAGUGACUGUGAAGCUAUGGAACCCACCCACUAUGGACAUGGAAUCAAGACUGGGCGAUGUGUAAAAGCAGACAGAGGUGAUAAACCUCAUUUGAAAGUGUGUGAGAUCUAUGCCUGGUGUCCUGUGGAAAUAGAUGAAUUACCUAUGCAACACUUCAACCUCAGCCCAGGAGUUCCACUUUUGGAAACCGAGAACUUCACGGUUUUGAUAAAAAAUAGUAUUCAGUUUCCAAAAUUUAAUAAAUCAAGACGAAACAUUCCAUCAGAUCGUGAUCCAUCAUAUCUGAAGAAGUGCACCUAUGACCCUGUUAAAGAUCCCUACUGCCCUAUAAUCAAACUAGGAACCAUUGUCAAAGAGGCUGGAGAAGACUACAAGACUCUAGCUUAUAGGGGAGGUGUUAUGGGCAUUAUUAUCAACUGGGACUGUGACUUUGAUCCUUUAACUUAUUCUUGUGAGCCAAAAUAUACCUUUAGGAGACUAGAUGAUGUAGAGGCACCAAUUGCACCAGGAUAUAACUUCAGGUUUGCCAGAUAUUAUGACAAAGAUGGAAAACUACACAGAACACUGUUCAAAGCUUAUGGCAUCCGCUAUGUAGUAUUGGUCUAUGGUCAGGGUGGUCAGUUCAGUGUUGUCCCUUUGUUUCUGAAUUUGGGUUCUGGUCUUGCCCUUCUGGGAAUUGCGACAGUGUUGUGUGAUAUUGUUGUUCUCUACUUUGUGAAACGAAAGACAUACUACAGGUCGAAAAAAUACCAAGUUGUGAAUGAUCCAGAUGAUGACGAUGAGAGAGGACAUUUGCUUUAUACUGACGAAAAGAAAUAGCGAGAGGAGGGUGUGUUAGGAUAUUCUAAUUAUAGACUUCAUUUCGUAUUUUACACGAGGCAGCUUUAGCCUAUCUCUAGAUCCAACUUCAGUCAAAAAGCCUUGUUCAAUGAAAUGGAUCAAUCUAGUUCUCCUAUCUUGGAGGGGGGGGGGUCCAAACUUUGAAAUUUAGACUUUUUAUAGCGACUCUCUUAGUAUCAAAAAGAAACUUAAGAGAGUGUGAAUGGUAUUAUCACAUGCAUCACCAUGAAGGCCCUUAGUUGUCCUAGAGUAUUUAUUAAACAAGAAGUAAAAAUUCUUCCCUCCAUUGAAGGCUCAUCAAAUUUGGCGAGAGGUAUUUGAAACUUAAGUUUGUCCGAAGCAUGUUUUUUUCAAGAAAAAAAAAA